GACAACAUCCAAUUGCAACCAUGGCAUACCCAUUGACCGUGCGGAGCGCACCUGCUAGGCGCCGGACACGUGAAGCUCCCGCUGUCCGCGACUUCCUGGCCACGCGGUUCAUGCAAAGACCACCUAUCAUAAUGCCAAACUACGGCAACCGGAAACUCACUCUGGGUGUACCCAAAACAAGCCUGACUCGGGUGUUGCUAUAUGACAACAUCACACAACAGCAGAUGCUGGACGUCAAAUUGGCGCACAUCAAAAUUGAGAAACAGCGUCAGGAACAUCUACUCAAUAUGCAUAAAAGAGCAUUCAGUGUCCAAGUGGAAAAGCGCCACCCUCAUCGUCCAAAGCAAGAGACCAAACGGGAAAGACCAAAAAGACUGCCAAAUAUUUGCCACAGAAACAUAAAUACCGCGGCGUCCGACUUCGCCCCUUUAAUGCGACGCGUCAGCACAUUCUCACUACACGACGUUCAUUUACCAAACAUAGGCGACCAUAGAAAACAGGUAAUUCUAAAGCUUAAAACGCAAAGUGGUUGCCGGAAAGUGUUCCAUACUUACGAUGAAAGUGGUAUUUUUGUUGACGUCGUACCACAUCACACGUUGUAUCCUGACAUCAAAGAUGAUCCACGGUUUCAAAACCUGGAGACGUCACUGAUGACACCAGACGCUGGGUUGGAUGCAGGAUUUGCCAUUCUUAGCCCUAGCUACGUAAAAACAUACCCAAUUAUUCCCGACUUCUUGGCAGAGGACAAGAAAGAAUGAAUGUUUGAAGCAUUAUUAGACUCUAUCAUGUACAAGUUAUGAGCCAAGUUUCUAAUUAUCGUAUUAGAUACGAGUGAAAUGAUCAAAGCAUUGGUGAUUUUGUCAUUCCUAUAAUUCGUUUUCGCGUGGGAAUGGCGAGAGCAAAAUAACAAUGAAAUGGCAUAAGACAUUUCAAAAAGUGUUAUUGAACAUUGUUGCAUACAUCACUGUUACAUAUAUAAAUUGCUGUACUUUUUAUCAGUAUACGA